AGGCUGAGCUUAAACAUCAUCCCAUUCGGUCACUGGUUUUCUUGGUGACUUUUUGUAACCUUUAGGCUACAUGGUAUCAGUCAGCACUAGCCUUGUGGCCAAGUCGUGGACAACCCUUAUGAAGAUUUUUUUAAACAGUAUGCAAUUAGAAAAUGGUAAUUUGUGGUGUUCUAUGAGGUGAAUUCUAACCGCAGCGUCUUCUCCACUUGCCUGAACACAGGGUUAGUAAACUGUGUCCACCACGCAGCCAAGCCUUCCCAUAAUAACAUUACUGACGUCACCAAGCCAUCGCUCCCGUAGGAGAUACAGCUGCAAAACUGCGAGAGAGAGGGGUGAUUGAAGGGAAUUGCAAAGCGGCGGCGGUGGUGGCGGCAGCCAUCUUAGAUCCAUCGCGCUUAUCGAGCAUUUAUAUUUGUAUUUUCUUAUUUUGUGUGAGAAAUUGUUUUGUUACAGCUACAACUCGAGUUUUAUUUUGUUUUGGUUCGUUCAAAAAGCAGCAUGUAUUUCCGACGGAAUAAAAUACCAGCAUCCAUUGUCGGACUGGUCCUUGGACUAUUAUGUUCGGUUCAUACAGCUAAAGUUAAUAAACACAAACCCUGGAUCGAGACGACGUAUCACGGCAUCGUAACGGAAAACGAUGACAAAGUGCUCCUGGACCCGCCGCUGAUCGCCCUGGACAAAGACGCACCCCUGCAGUACGCGGACAGUUUUGAGGUGACCCUCACCAAAGAAGGUGAAAUAUGCGGCUUCAGGAUUCACGGGCAGAACGUGCCGUUCGAGGCGGUGGUGCUGGACAAGUCCACGGGCGAGGGCGUGAUUCGGGCCAAGGACCGGCUGGACUGCGAGCUGCAGAAGGAGCACACCUUCACCAUCCAGGCCUACGACUGCGGGGAGGGCCCCGAUGGAGAGAACAUGAAGAAGUCCCACAAGGCCACGGUCCACAUCCAGGUGAACGACGUGAACGAGUACUCGCCGGUGUUCAAAGAGAAGUCGUACAAGGCGACGGUCGUGGAGGGGAAGCGCUACGACAGCAUCCUGAAGGUGGAGGCCGUGGACGCCGACUGCUCCUUCCAGUUCAGCCAGAUCUGCAGCUACGAGAUCGUCACCCCCGACGUCCCCUUCACCAUCGACAAGGACGGCUACAUCAAGAACACGGAGAAACUGAACUACAGCAAGGAGCGCAUGUACAAGCUGACGGUCACGGCGUACGACUGUGGGACGAACCGGGCCUCCGAGGACAUCCUGGUCAAGAUCAGCAUCAAGCCCACCUGCAAACCUGGCUGGCAAGGGUGGAGUAAGCGAAUGGAGUACGAGCCCGGCACGGGAAGCCUGGCCCUUUUUCCCAGCAUGCACCUGGAGACCUGCGACGAACCGAUCACGUCCAUCCAGGCCACCGUCCAGCUGGAGACCAGCCACAUCGGAAAGGGCUGCGACAGGGACACGUACUCUGAGAAGUCCCUGCACAGGCUGUGCGGUGCCAGCGGGGGCGCUGUGGAGCUGCUGCCGGCGCCCAGCGGCUCUGCCAACUGGACGGCGGGUCUGCCCACGGACAACGGGCACGACAGCGACCAGGUGUUCGAGCUGAACGGCACGCAGGCGGUGCGGGUGCCCGAGGGCGUGGUGCGGACCGGCCCGGGCGAGCCCUUCACCGUGUCCGUGUGGAUGAGGCACGGCCCCGGCGCCCACCACAAGGAGGCGGUGCUGUGCAGCUCCGACAGGACGGGGAUGAAUCGGCACCAUUACUCUCUCUACGUGCACAACUGUCGCCUGGUGUUCCUGCUGCGCCAGGACCCGGCCGACUCGGAGAGCUACAAACCCGCCGAGUUCCACUGGAAGCUGGACCAGGUCUGUGACAAAGAGUGGCACCACUACGUGCUGAACGUGGCGUCCCCGACGGUGGCGCUGUUCGUGGACGGCGUCACCUACGAGCCCUUCCUGGUGACCGAGGACUACCCCCUGCACGGCUCCAACGCGGAGACCCAGCUCACUAUCGGCGCCUGCUGGCAAGACGAUUCAGGACAUGACAAUGACAAUGAGACAGUCUCUGAAAGUGUGACAGGGGGCAGCGCGCACAUGUCGCAGUUCUUCCGGGGGAACCUGGCGGGCCUCAUGAUCCGCUCGGGGAAGCUGGAGACCAAGGAGGUGAUCGACUGCCUGUACACCUGCAAGGAGGGGCUGGACGUGCAGCUGCCGCAGGAAGUGGCCACGGCUGUGAAGGUGCAGUUCAGUCCCAGCCAGUCCUCUCUCACGCUGGAGGGGGACGACAUCGAGAGCUUCGACAAGGUCAUGCAGCACAUCUCCUACCUCAACUCGCGGCAGUUCCCCACGCCCGGAAUCCGCCACCUCCGCGUCACCACCACCGUCAAGUGCUUCAAUGAGGAGACGUGCAUCUCGGUGCCGGACGCGGAGGGGUACGUGAUGGUCCUGCAGCCGGAGGAGCCCAAAAUCAGCCUGAGCGGCAUCGACCACUUCGCCCGCGCCGCCCCCGAGUUCCAGAGCGCCGAGGGCGUGACCCUGUUCCCCGAGCUGCGCAUCGUCAGCACCAUCACCCGCGAGGUGGAGGCCGAGGGCGAGGGCGAGGACGACCCCACAGUGCAAGAGUCGGUGGUGUCGGAGGAGAUCAUGCACAACCUGGACGCGUGCGAGGUGACGGCUCUGGGCGAGGAGCUGGACGGCGAGCAGGAGAGCCUGGAGCUGGACCCGUCCCAGGCCCAGCAGCACACGCUGGAGAUGAGCUCGUCCAGCGCGGGCCUGGUGCUCUCAGGUGUUAACACCAUGGCCAGCUACGAGCAGGUGCUGCAGCUGGUGCGCUACAGGAACUGGCACCCGGAGGCCCUCUUCGACAGGAAGUUCAAGCUGGUCUGCUCCGAGCUCAGCGGGCGCUACAUCAGCAACGACUUCAAGGUGGAGGUGAACGUGAUCCACACUGCCAAUCCCGUGGAGCACGCCAACAACGCCAUGAUGGAGCCGCAGUUCACCAACCCCAUGCAGCAUGCGUCGGUGGACCUGACGGGACACAACCUGCUCAACGCACACCAGGCCUCAGUGGUGCCCAGCGCUGCCACCAUCGUCAUCGUGGUGUGCGUCAGCUUCCUGGUGUUCAUGAUCGUCCUGGGCGUGUUCCGCAUCCGCUCGGCCCACCAGCACACCAUGAGGGACCAGGAGAGCGGCAAGGAGAACGAGAUGGACUGGGACGACUCCGCCCUCACCAUCACCGUCAACCCCAUGGAGACAUAUGAAGACCAGCACAGCAGUGAGGAUGAUGAGGAGGAAGAGGAGGAGAGCGAGGAUGGCGAAGAGGAAGAUGACAUCACCAGCGCAGAGUCGGAGAGCAGCGAGGAUGAGGAGGGUGGUGAGCCCGAGGACCAGCAGGCGGCCAACAGACAGCAGCAGCUGGAGUGGGACGACUCCACCCUCACCUACUGACCCCGCCCCUCUCUCACGUGCACACACACACACACAAACACACACACAGGCCCAUGCGUUCACACACACACACAGGCACUCACACAGGCGCACACACACACAAACACACACACACAGGCAAACACACAGGCUCACACACAAACACACACACAGGCACAUGCGUUCACACACGCACGCGCGCGCACACACACACACACACAGAGCACCGUUGGAGCAUUCCAUCUCCCUCCUACCGUUUCCUUCCUCUGCACCCGUGGUGUACGACAGAAAAAGGAUAAUGAUCCUUAAAGUAAAACACAAAUCCUGUCUUUGGCUCAAUAUGCUGCUUCAGCUUAACUUCUAUUGGUCAAGGUUUCCCUGAGUCGUACAGUUCAAUAUUCACACAGUAGGGCAAGCACAGGAUUCGAUUUCAAAUGUAUUUAUUAUUAUUGUUUUUUUUUUUUUUUUGGGGAGACGCCCAAGAUUUGUGUAUGUUUUUGGCUCUGUUGGGAAACACUUGCACUUUUUUUUAUUUUCCAGCUGUAACCGAUCCAACCUGAGGUUUUUAUGUAUAUAACAUGCAGAUGAAAUUCCGAUUUUCUCAGCAGACAAAGAUGAAAAGACGCUCUUUGGCUUUUUCUCCGUUUUGUUUGUUUUGGCUAGAGAGACACAGCCCUUCAGGCUGAUUGCUUUCCCUUUUUUUGUUUUCCCCUCCUUUUUUAGUGCAUGAGUUAAAACUUGCAAAGGUCAUGCGUGUAGAGGAAUAAAUUACUUUUUAAUAUUUUGUAAAUAUGAGAGAAAUUACGUUAUUAGUGAAUGUGGUAGUAAAGACCAAGCCUAGAAAAAAUGGGUCCAGCAUAUGAAAACGAAGAAUGCGGAACACACUCGAAUAUUUGCGUUUCAAAGGCUGUAGCAUGUUUGGAGACAGGCUAACCUCUUCUGCCGUGCUUGUGUAAAACGUCUGCUUCGGAGGAGAGGAACUGAGGUUUCGGUGAACCUUUUUCAUUCGAUGCUUUUAUUUGGGGAAGGGGUUAUUCGGGAAGGGGACAGGGGGUGUGGUGGCUGGUGGCUGGUGAAGUGUCAUGGCUCCAUGGGCUGUGCUUUGCUGGGCUUGCACAAGUAUAAAUGACUUAGGCAAACGUAAGGCUUUGCUCUGUAUCAUUUCCAACAUAAUUCUCUAUUUGGCCAGUGGGGGGUUUUUUGGGCUUUGAGAACAGUAACCCUUGGGUGAUUUAGGAGCUUGUUAUUUAUGGAGGUUUUGCUGUGUUAAGCGUUUCAGCAUGGUAGUUUUUUUUUUUUUUACUCCUGUAGUGCAUAGAUGACUCAUGGGAAUCCAACACAAUCACUUCACUUCUCUUCACAAGACAGUGUGAAUUGCGGUCACCUGCCACGUUUGAAACUUUAACAAAAUCAAAUCAAACCAAACGAUGAGAACAGACUACUGAAGGAGGAGCUGGGCUUUGCAGGUAGUUGGUGCUUCACAGUGGCGCGAUAAAAUAAGCUCGGUUGCUGCCAUUCUUUGAGAUCGGUGAGGCAAGAACAUUUUCAGUAACUCCACUGCAGAAGUCAAUACUCGAGCAAGGUUGUCAGAUCACAAGAUUUGUUUUGUCUAGAAAGGAGCAUGUAUAAGAUUAAUUUUCUGAAGUGUUUCCAUGUUAUAUUAAAAUCAUUCUUAUGACACCUUUUUUCUUAAAGGUUUUUUUCCAAGUUUUUUUUUUGUGUAGUGAAGCGAUCGUGGUGAUAAAAUAAACGUGCAUGCAAUUUCUUUUUUAAAAAUGCUUAAGAAAAUCAGCCAUAUACAUUCUAAAUUCAAUCUUGGGUCUCAUUAAAACUAUGAAUACUUCUGCAGUUUACCUCUAGAUUGUAUUGUACUGUACAUGAAACUGUAGAGUUUUAUUAAGAUUUGUUUACAUUUGGUAAACUUGUUUUUCUCCUGGUUAAGAUAGUGGCAAUGAAUUGGUAAGAAAUGGUCUAUAUUUCCCAAAAAGAAGUUGCCGGUCACCCUUUCAUUUGUUAUCUGAAACUUGGAUUGAGUGGCAUUAUUUCCUCACAAAAAUAACCGUAGAAUUCCCAGGUCUUGUGGACGUCUGAAUGAAUGAGUCUUCAGCUUCUUCACGUCAGGUUUGCUGACUUAUGUGAAGGCAUGAGGAAGGAUUAUACAGCCAAUGAGGGGUAAACACGACCUGAGAAACCUCAGAUAUUAAAGGUACACAUUUACAUGAAAGUGAAAAUAUCGUAGGCUUGACCAUAGAGAUAUUUUAUUCUUGGGGAUGUUUAAAGUACAAACUGACUCAAAUUAAAAUGAUUUUUUUUAGUGUUUAUUACUGUAUGUUAGGCAGUUUUUAUGAGACUUUAAUAUAGAGUUGAGGGUCUGGUAAAGCAGUGACUUUGUGUCACCCAAACACUCCAGUGAAAUGCAAAUAAUAAUAAUAAUGACAGAAAUGAAUUGUUGCAAAGUUUGGCCGGCGAUUUCCCCUUCAAUUUGAAUGGGGCCCGUAGGGAGGCCCAGACUCCAUGAGUGGCAGUUGGGAGUGCCUUUUGCCGAUCUCAGCACAUUUUAACACAACUAACAGAACACUUGCCCAUGUGGUUUCAGCUGCGGAAAACCUAUUUUUUAAUUAUGAAAAUGCUAGAUUUUCCCUCCAGUGCGGGGGAUCGAUUUUAUUUCGGUUUUGUUGUAAUGAUCAUUCUGGAAAAAAAAUUGCUAGUUUUAAUAAAAAGUGAAAGUUGAAAUUGUCUUACAUAGAUGUAUUGUGUUCAUGUUGAUGUAUAGAUGGUAGAUCUUUCCAUAUGAUAUCAUCUGUAGAUAUGUUGUCAAGUUUGCAAAAAAAAAAAAAAAAAAAAACUACUUCUGAAAGGCUGUACAUUGUUAAAAUUGCUAUAUGAAGCCAGUGUGGAUUUGAGCUAAUUGUAUGGUCAGAAGUUGGUCUGAAUAAUUUGUUAAAUUUUUUAGGUGCAUUGCUUCAUGCACUGAGGUGAAAGAGGCUUGUGUGGAUGUAUAAGAGCCAGUGGACAUAUCCCCAUUCCUUCUCGCACAAUCUCCAUAUAAUUCAUUCACUGAAAAUAUUUGUCAUUUAAUAUCUCAUUUUUGAGGACUUUGUGACCGGCUGUUGUGAAGUUUACAGACGCUUAGACAGUUCCAUUACUGGAUCCAGUAGUGUCAUUCCAUUCGAAAACCUGGCAGACACAGAAUGUUAUAAUGCAAAUAUUUUCAUAAGCAAUUGAUUACAAAUAUGCAUCUGUUUACCAGAUACUAAAUUGCGCUGCUUUUUAAAAAGUGCUUACUUUUGAUGUAGAUCUCCAAUCUUGAAUCUGCAUGUUGAUAAUACUCAGACUCGUGAGUUCUUGUGGUAAAAUAGUUGUGACCUUAUGUGUCCAUAUAUUAUGAGUCCGGUUCUCAUCGCAUACACUCAUUGAGGUUAGGGGAAUCUCGUCUUUUGCGCGGUCGGAUACCUACUCAGUGUAAAUUCUGUGGCAUUGUGCGGCAGAACUCGGAGGGGGGUUGUAGCUCUUUAAAUAUUGUGAACCAGUCUGUAAAUAUACUGCUGAUUCUCAGAUAAUGUUGUUCUACACUAUCCUUACAACUGUCCGUUUCGCCAUUCGAAAUGUCCGUGUUCACCAUUUUGUUUUAUUUAAUUUGUUUUUUUGCUGUUAAAAGUGAAAGGAACGGUGGUCUGAGGGCUGCUGAAAGCCGCCUUUGUGAUUGUUUGGGGCGGUACUCGCUUUUUCGUCUUAGCUUGUGGCUAAGUUGGUGCUCGCUCUCGAACAAAAUAAAGGACGAAGAGUUGGAAUAAAAAAAAGAAAGUCGA